UGUAGGGUUUGCUGGGGCUGGAGAAAGGAGAGAAGUAAAUAACAAACACAGUAGCGGAGAAAAGCUGAGAUGUAUGCAAAAGUGGAGACGGACUAAUAAUAAACACGCUGUUAGAUAGGAGGAGACUGGGACUGAAGAGACAAUACUGUAAGGAAAAAAUAAACCGACGCGUGGAUAUUGAAUUCCUUCAAUGUUAUUUUUUAAAGGGAGAGGGAGUUGAGCACUAUGUCCUGCCCCAGUAACCUGCUUUGGGAUGUGAGGAAGCGCUCAAUAGGGCUGGAUAACCCUAAUGCCGUCAGGAUCAACUAUUUAGGAAGAAGUGAAUUUGUCCAAAGACUGAAACUUGAAACAACGCUGUCUGUGCAUGAUGGCUGUGUAAAUACAAUAUGCUGGAAUGGUACGGGAGAAUAUAUUUUAUCAGGAUCUGAUGAUACCAAUUUAGUAAUAACUAACCCCUACAACAGGAAGGUUAAAGCAACCAUCCGAUCAGGGCACAGGGCUAACAUUUUUAGCGCCAAGUUUUUGCCCCACACCAAUGAUCAACAGAUUGUUUCCUGCUCUGGAGAUGGGAUCAUAUUUUACACCAACACAGAGAAGAGCCCAGAGAUCAACAGACAGUGCCAGUUCACCUGCCACUACGGGACAGCCUACGAGAUCAUGACAGUACCGAAUGAUCCCUACACCUUUUUGUCCUGUGGGGAGGAUGGUACAGUUCGGUGGUUUGAUGUCAGAAUGAAAACCAGUUGCACAAAAGAAGAUUGUAAAGAUGAUAUUCUUAUUAACUGUCGCCGUGCUGCUACCUCGAUCUCUAUAUGUCCCUUGGUCCCCUAUUACCUGGCAGUCGGCUGCUCAGAUAGCUCUGUUAGAAUCUAUGAUAGAAGAAUGUUGGGAACGAGAGCUACAGGCAACUACGUGGGCAGAGGCACCACAGGGAUGUGUGUGCGCUUUGUUCCCAAUCACCUCUCCAACAAGUCCUGCAGAGUCACAUCUUUGUGCUACAGUAAUGAUGGGCAGGAGAUCCUCGUUAGUUACUCGUCAGAUUACAUAUACCUGUUUAACCCCCAAGAUGACCAGGCCAAGGAGUUGAAAGGCCCUUCAGACGAGAGGAGGGAAGAGCUGCGACAGCCUCCAGUGAAACGCCUCAGACUGCGGGGGGACUGGUCAGACACUGGGCCGAGGGCACGACCGGAGAGCGAGCGAGAGAGAGACGGAGAGCAGAGUCCCAAUGUUUCCCUAAUGCAGAGGAUGUCAGACAUGCUGUCACGAUGGUUUGAAGAAGCCAGUGAAGUCGCACAGAGCAGCAGGGGCCGAACACAAUCCCACGCCAGGGGUCCUACAGCUCAACCAGAAGGCACAGCUUCCAACCCUGAGCUCGCUGCCCUGGAGCAGGGGUCUGGAGAGGGGUCUGUGGCUGAGCCGCUUCCUCAGCCUACCUCCUCUUCCACCACAAUGACUGCUCCGGCCCCGUCCACCUCCUCAUUGACCGAGAACCCCCCCACCACUUCCCUGCUCUCCUCCCCUGAUGACGAGCAGAAGACACAGGCUUCCACUGCUCCACCACACGAGCCUGCUCAGCCAGAUUCUCCCUCCUCUGUGGUUAACAAACAGCUUGGAUCCAUGUCACUUGAUGAGCAACAGGGUAAUACAGAAAGUGUUAGCCCUCUGAGCAGUGCUGGGGAACCUGUUUUGAGUUUGCACUACAGCACAAAGGGGACGACUACAAGCACUAUUAAACUGGACUUCACCGACGAGUGGAGCAGUACAACUUCCAGCUCGAGAGGUAGUGGAACUCGCAGCAAGCCGGGCGAACAGGAGGUCUCCCAAAAAGCACAAAGAAAAGAGGAACUACCAGAAGAAAGCAUGGAAACUGCUUCUUGUGUGGUGGAGCAGCCUGGGCCCAGCAGUGCAGAACAGGAGUCUAGUGAAGAGUGUCCUAAGCAGGCAGCUACCAUCGAUGAGGAGAGCCCAGCAGCAGAGGCUACCGCAGGGAGCUCUCAACAAGAGGAGAGCGCCCCCACUCUGCAGACUGAUGAACAACAAGGAAGUAGCUCUGACAAUCCCAGUGAGUCCUGUCGAAGAACAGAGCCGGCAGGCGAGAGCAAUCGUGAGGGGGCAGCGACGGCCUCCAGGAACAACCAGGAUUCGGACGACAGCGACGACGACCCCAUUUUAAUACCUUCGUCAAGGUAUCGUGGAGGACAGGGCCAGAGAUUUAAUUUCAGAGGAACAGCGGUAGAUAAUAGAAUGAUAAGGCGGUCUGCUGCAGCCCGGAUCCAAGAGCUCUUCAGAAGGAGAAAGGAACGAAGAGAGAUGGAGGAGAGUGAGACGCAGAACAUACGGAAACCGCCUGUAAAGAUGGUGUACAAAGGCCAUCGCAACUCCAGAACAAUGAUAAAAGAAUCCAGUUUCUGGGGAAACAACUUUGUGAUGAGUGGCUCAGACUGCGGCCACAUCUUUAUCUGGGAUCGACACACGGCUGAGCAUCUGAUGCUGCUGGAGGCUGAUAACCACGUGGUGAACUGCCUGCAGCCUCACCCCUUCGAUCCCAUUCUUGCAUCUUCCGGCAUAGACUAUGAUAUAAAGAUUUGGUCACCACUAGAAGGGGCUACCGCUUUUAACAGAAAUUUGGCUGAAGAGGUUAUCGCUCGAAAUGAACUCAUGCUUGAAGAGACAAGGAACACCAUCACAGUCCCAGCGUCUUUUAUGCUGAGAAUGCUGGCUUCAUUAAAUCAUAUAAGAGCAGACCGUUUGGAAGGCGAUCGCUCUGAAGGUUCUGGCCAAGAGAAUGAGAAUGAGGAUGAAGAGUAAACCAUUGUUUUUCUACAAAGCACUUGAACAUUUAAUGAAAUUUGUACAAGUAAAAUGUAGAAUAUUUUCCUUACACAGAAUUAGUGCAAUUUUUUUUUAGUUUUUUUUUUUUUUUUUUUGAGCAUUACUUUUAUUACUAACAUUUCCUUGUGGAACAACUGCUUUUAAAAAAAACAAAACAAAAAAGUGUGAGAAUGUAAACUGCAGCAAUAAACAAGGAAUUAAACACAAUGGAUGAUGGGUGCUUGAGGUUAUAAAGUGCAAUAUUAUUUUUCAAGUGCAAAUGUUUGAGCUUGGAUCAGUGUAAAGAGUGAGUUUUCAUUAUUGUAGUUAUGAGGGUUAAAAACUCAAACUUUGUAUACCUGCUGUAAUGCAUGUAAGCUAAAAGAAAAAUUAUGCUUUGAAGUAAACCAUUUUGUUGUUAACA